AAUUUACAGCAACGAGAGAGAGAGAGGAGGGUGGCAGAGGGAGGGAGAGAGAGAGCGAGUCAGAGAGGGAGAGAGAGGAACCGGCAGCAGAGGAAGAGAGAGGGAGCUUUUGAACUCCCAGUAGCUGUCAGGACUGCUGGCUCUCCUCCACGCUUUCUCGUCCCCCGGUCGAGCUCUGUCUCUCUGCGCCGCAAACACUGACACACACACACGCCAGGGAGCUCCAGCGGAUGGACUCGUUUACACACAGCAGGCGUGUGGAGAAGCGCUGAAGACGAGCCAAACGCACGCACACAGCGUCAUACAUGGAGCAAACUUUAACUCUCAACUCUUCUGCUGCUUCUUCAGAUGGCGACUACAGUGGAGUCCAGUUGCAGGGAUGCUGCAGCCAGAGCAGCCUGAACAGCAAUGGCAGUCUUCCAGGAGCGGGCAGCCGCCGGGGGGUUCCAGAGCAGCGCGUGGCCAGCUGGGCCGCCUGCUUCGAGCGGCUCCUCCAGGACCCAGUGGGCGUGCGCUACUUCUCGGAAUUUCUCAAGAAAGAAUUCAGUGAGGAGAAUAUCUUGUUCUGGCAGGCCUGUGAAUACUUCAGUCAUGUCCCAGCAACUGAUAAAAAGCAGCUGUCCCAGAGAGCAGGAGAGAUCUACAACAGCUUCCUGUCCAGCAAGGCCACCAUGCCGGUCAACAUCGACAGCCAAGCCCAGCUGGCCGACGACGUCCUCACCUCCCCACGCCCCGACAUGUUCAAGACCCAGCAGCUACAGAUCUUCAACCUGAUGAAGUUCGACAGCUAUUCCCGAUUCCUCAAGUCCUCCCUCUACCAGGAGUGUGUGCGCGCUGAGGUGGACGGUCAGCCCCUGCCGGACCCCUACCAGAUCCCCUGCAGCCCUGCGCCAUCCAAACACAGCGCCAGCUCGGACCGCUCCAGCCUGUCCACUCCGAAGAAGGAGGUCAGAAAGCAGAGGUCAGGGAGGUCACUGAACGAAGAGAGCAAAGACGAAAGCGCCGACAAGAAACGUGGGAUCUUCUUCUCGUGGUCCCGCAACAGGAGCUUUGGGAAGGGCCCCAAGAAGAAGGAAAUCGGAGACAUUAACCUCGACUACUACAGCAAUGGGCGGAGGGAAUCCCAGGGCUCCUUGUCGUCCGGUACCAGUUUGGAGAUGGCCACUUCCUGCUCUGCCGGCAAGAUUGAGUCUGAUAAUCGCCACUCAGUCUGGGAACGCUCCCCCAAACAAUGCAGCGUGAUUCUGCCCAACGGCUCCUGCUCCUCCAUCAGUCUUCGGCCCGGCGCCUCCAUCAGGGACGUCCUCCAUGAUCUCUGCCGGAGCAUCAGCGUCAACAUCGCAGCCGCCGACCUGUUCCUGGUGGGAGGGGAGAAGCCUUUGGUGUUGGACCAAGACUGCUUGACCCUCAGCUCACGAGACCUCAGGCUGGAGAAGCGAACCUUGUUCAGAUUGGACCUGGUUCCCAUUAACCGCUCCGUGGGCCUGAAAGCCAAACCCACCAAACCAGUCACUGAGGUCCUACGUCCUGUGGUGGCUAAAUAUGGCCUCCACCUCAGCGAUCUUGUGGCCAAGAUAAGUGGACAAACUGAGCCUUUGGAUCUGGGUGCUCCCAUAUCCAGUUUGGACGGCCUGCGAGUUGUGUUGGACAAAGCCGACCAAGCUUCAGGGAAAGCAGACAAAUCCAAGUCUUCCACCAUAAAAGGUCACCCUCCUACCAGGAGUUUUUCUGCAGCAGGAGAUGAGAGGUCAACACCCAAGGACUUUUCUGUGAGAGCAAGUGGACCAGACUCAGCACUCCCAGGGGAAAAGAGAAAACAGAAAAAGAUUAAUAUAGAUGAAGCUGAAGAAUUCUUUGACCUGCUGAGCCGGGCGCAGAGCGGCCGAGCCAACGACCAGCGCGGACUCCUGCGCAAAGAAGACCUGGUGCUUCCCGACUUCCUGCGUCUGAUCCCACCCGUCACCUCCUGCUCCGUCUCCUCUGACUUGGCCUGCUCCACUCCCGAUUCACUAAAACAGAGCAGAGAGAACGGCGUCCCCUCCCGGGCCCCCCUCACCUCCAGUCUUCGUUCGGAAAGCCUCGACUCCUCCCUCAGCUCUAGUGCCAACGGACACUCCAGGCGGUGCCUCAUGCCCCCUCCCCGCCACCCGACUUUCGGCAUGCACCUGUCCCCCAUCCCCCGGCCCUCAGACACCCGGCCGAGCCUCCGCACCGUGGAGGAGGACACCCACUGUGACCUGACACUCGUGGGCGAGGGCGACAUCAGCAGCCCCAACAGCACAUUGCUGCCCCCGUCGCCGUCCCCCAUGCUGUCCUUCAAUAGCAGCCUGCCCGAGGCCAACUUCACUCCGCCGCCACCCUACCCCAAGUCUCAAGACGCAGGUGGAGAGGGAAAGUCCACUUCAGGUAUUUCCACAGUGUAACCGACCAGUGCUCCUUGUGUUUGCGUGUGUCUGUCGUAUGUGCAUGUGUGCGCUCCCUCCGGUGGUCUCUACCCGACCACCACCCCGAUCAAACCCCCUCUACACUGACCCUGAUGCACUUUAAUGACAAAUUGAUAUUGACUCUUUCUCAGUUUGCCAAUUUCCUCUUAAACUAAUUUGUUUAGCUGAAACACAGCAGAGCAUGUGUGCGAUCGAUCGGGAUUUCACUCGGAUCAUCAUGUAAAUAGUGAUGUGUAUAUUUUGUUCAGUAAGUAACGUUUACGUUGAUGUCACUCCACACGACACAAACUGUUGGGUUCUGCCACAUGACCGGAGUUUAUUCCGGUUCGAAUUUAUGUUGUAGGGUUUGGGUGCAUGAGAACGCUGAUGUAACUGACUGCUGAGCUUUUUUUUAUAUAAAUGAAUAUUGCAUACAGAUCAAUAAUAAUCCAUAUUUGACAGAACUGUGGUCAGUAAAUGUUGUACUGAGGUUUAUAGUUCAGAGCAGCCGAACGGUGGAACGUCUCGAGAUCAGCAGGUGUUUACAGCAGUUACUGGUUCAUCGUAUACAGUUAGAAAACAUCGGAGGUCAGACCCAUAGAAAUGUUGCACAGUGUUGGACGUGCCGAUGCUAAAUGGUCAUUACAAAACAAAUGCUGUGUUCCUCUCCAUCCCACCUCCUCCAGUUAAGAGCAAUUCAACAAGUUUCUUCUUCUCCUCCUCCUUAUGUAACUCUCCAUAACCGGUGACUCAUUAAACGGUGUCAGAUCGUGCUGCAGCAGUUUGAGCAGCGGUGAAAAUAAUUCGUCACCGAAGGACCAAGUGCUGCUCAAAGCCGGUGACACUGUUGAAUUGCCUGUCAUUCUUUAUCUGGGUCACCCCAUUCCCUCCCUAUCUCUCCCCCUGUCUCUCUCAUUCUCAGAUUCCUGUUGUAGAUAAUCACUGCCAAUAAACUCUGUACCUGUGAUUGAGUAGAUCUAAUAAAUGUUAGAAUUGGAAA